AUCCGAGGAGGAGGAGGAGGAGAGAGCAGCCUCCCGCAGCUGGCGAGGAGAAUGGGAGUGCGGGGCGCCAGACCGCCGCGGGGUGUCACGGCCGCGGCCGAGCUCGCCCGGCGCGAGGCAGGCGCCCGCCGCUUUUAAACCCGGGAGGGCGCGGCGGCGGCGGCGGCGGGCGGAUCGCGGCGCGCGCGGGGCGCCGGGCGGCGGCCGGAUGGAGAGGAAGGGCUCGGCGGCCGCGGCCAAGGGGAACCCGAGCCUGCCCGCGGCCGGCGAGGCGCAGCGGCCGCCGCCGCCUCUGUGCGUCCCGGGCGGCGGCGGCGGCGGCGGAGGGGUCCCGGCGCGCGGCCAGGCUGGGGCGGCGGCCGAGCCCGCCGAGUUCAUCCGCCGGGCGCACGAGUUCAAGAGCCAAGGGGCGCAGUGCUACAAGGACAAGAAAUUCCGCGAAGCCAUCGGCAAAUACCACAGGGCGCUGCUGGAGCUGAAGGGGCUGCUGCCGGCGCCCGGGGAGCAGGAGCGGGACUCGCACGCGGCCUCCCUGGCCGGGGCCCCCAACCCUGGCCGCCUCUCGGAGGAGCAGAGCAAGACGGUGGAAGCCAUCGAGAUCGACUGCUACAACAGCCUGGCAGCCUGCCUGCUCCAGGCUGAGCUGGUAAACUAUGAGCGAGUCAAAGAGUAUUGCCUCAAAGUCCUGAAGAAGGAAGGAGAAAACUUCAAGGCCCUUUACCGGUCCGGUGUGGCCUUCUACCACCUUGGAGACUAUGACAAAGCACUCUACUACCUGAAAGAAGCAAGGACCCGACAGCCAACAGACACCAACGUGAUCCGGUACAUCCAGCUGACGGAGAUGAAGCUCAGCAGGUGUUCCCAGAGAGAGAAGGAAGCCAUGUAACCAGAGCACCUCCCUAGAGCUGCACCUGCGCCACACCCGGGACUUCCAGGCAGCCCUCGGUGAAGAGCCCCUCGUGGGUGUCAUUCCCUUCUCCCCACUUCUCCCGGCUCCCCCGCCUUCCUCCUACUGACCCUCCUCAACAAUCAGUCUGCUCCCGGUGUGAAGAGAAGGAGGCAUGCAGAUUGGGAAUCUGGUCGGUAGCCCGAAAUGGAGAUUCCCCUUCUCUGGUAGGUCAGCUACUGAGAGGGACCUCACUUCUUCGGGGACACAGCUGGAGAGGACUCUUACGGGCCGGGAAUGCUGUUGCAGCUUUGACUUUGGCCAGCGCUUCUGAUGGAGGCAGAGCCUGGUAGGUGUACCCUCCCAGGGGCAGCAGGCACGGAGCCCACGGGCUGGCCCCCUCCCCGCUUUCCCGACCCACCAGAGCAUCUCCAGGCAACCGUGUCAAAUCCAGGGGCGGGACAAACACCAGAAGCAUUGGUGAGGCGGACAGACCGUGAAUUUGUACACUGGAUUCCCCACCCCGCCCCCCAGUAACCUCAGCCCCCGCCUGCCUCCCUCACUUGUUGUCUCGGCUUCCAUCUCUCCCCCUUGGGGAGCUGAGACUCUGCCAGGUUUCACAUGCCUCCGGAGCCCACGCUCAGUGCCCUCUGGUGACCACACAUACCAUCCGCCGUGUUCCCACGCAGCAGGCAGCUGUGACAGCAGAGGCGUAGGGUCAAGUGGGCCCGGGGCUGGCCGCCUAGGUGACGGGGCAUCUGACGUCUAGGGGAAGGAGCGUUGUGUGGACUGGGGGAUCGAACUGUGGACUGAGUGUAAAUAAAAAUAAAUGAGCAGGCGGCAGCUCCUGUCAUCUCUUUUGGAAGUAGCCCCCUCUCUCACUGUCACUCCCUCCCCCAACUCUCAGUCAGAGCUACUUCCAGCCAGGCGGGACGGGACUUCCCCCACAGCAGCGGGCGUUUGUCCGGUGGUAAACAAUGCUGGCUGCCGCCUUUGUGCGGCGGAGUGGGCCGGUGUCGCGGAGACUGCCCGGGGACUUGGCUUUGCGGGAACUUGCAUGGCCUCCUUUUGAUGAAAUUAUCCGGACUCAAUAUCUAGCACAUAGAAUGUGUUCAACAAAUAUUUGUUGAAUGAAUAAAUUAUGACUGCAGACUGGCUCUCCUGCCUUAAACUAAUUUUAUCCCAGCCUAGUCUCCUGAUAUCUAUGCUCUUUACGCUCCGCCAUGUUGCUUCAGUCAAAUAAGAAACAUUUUUACUGAGGGCUUAUUGUUUACCUAUCGUCAUCGUGCAAUACGCUGUGGGACAUAGGAUGUAGUCCCGGUCCUUAAGGAGGCGGAAUAGUUGAGAAAUACUCAUGUGGGAUGAUCACCAAUGACACCUUUAAUUUAUACGAUGCUUUAAAUUUUUCAAAGCACUUUCGUGUAUUUUUUGUGUGAUUAGUGAGACAAUAUUGUACAAAUUAAAAUAUAUACAGAUGCAAUAAUGUUAAUAGUUAGCAUUUAUUAAAUGCACUAUCCUCGGAUCUUUACAUGUAUAAUCUCAUUUCUUUCAUGCAACUACUCCAUGAGAUACUAUUUCCAUUAGAUGGAUAAGGAAACUGAAAACCAGACACAGUAACUAUCCCAACGUUACAUGGAUGGCCUCAAGUGGCAUAGCUAGGAUUUGAACCAGGUCUGUCUGACUCCAGAGCUCCAGCUAUUAACUAGUCUAUAGUUGGUAGUAGCUGCUCUAGGAAGCAUUUUUAUUGAGCGAUUACAACCAUUCGAGAGCAGGACAGUAUGUAUUAAGUUGAAAAGCCUUGCCUAUGCCAAUGGUAGAGUGGGCUGCCUCUUGUAUUUAGCUCAAGGUUAAAAAAAGGUCCUUAACACUAGACUCCCUAGUGGUCAGGGCAGUGACGGGCCAGGAGAAGACAGCUGAGACCUAGCAGUUAUUUCUGUGUAUUGUUCGUUCUAUUUUCUGACGUCAGCGCAUAUCCAAAGCCACCUAGCAUUCCCCCAGCAUUGGGGAAGAUUCACAAUUAUAGGUAGAGAUGGAAAGGAAACGCAAAGUUAAUUGUGGGUUCUUUGUGUAAUCAGAGGCUCCACCACACCAGGAUCCAAUCACUGCUGAGGGGCCCAGAAGGCAGCAGCCCAGGAUGCGUUCACACACAGCUCCUGAAAGGCUUCUGGUGGGGGUUGGAGAAGGUGCUAAGAACCUCUAGGGGUUCGCAGUUGCUUGCCUGUAGCUCACCUCCGGGGAGGAGGAGAAGCUGCCACCUUCUCCCCCACGCCUACUGUAUACUUGCCUCUGCCCUCCUCUUCCGGGAUGGUUUCACAUGUUCCUGACUCAGAGCCAUCCCGAGGCAUACGCAAUACAGGCACAUGUGUAAAACUCCUCUGUUCCCAAGUCUCCAGCCCAGAAGGCUUGUGAGCUGGCAAACUGCCAGGUUGAGGAUGCGGUCAGAGGUGGACCGCAGAACCAGUUCCUACCAGCACAGCCGUCCUUUGCUCCUUCGUGUCAUCAGGAAGGACUUGAACUAACUGCUCCCAACAUGGAGCGGGACAGAGCGUCUUGCCUCGAGUAAGUUGGGGCAGGGCUGGACACGUGGGGAGAAGAUGGUUGCCAUCCUUGUAAAGAGAAAGGUUGAAAACUAGAACCAGGUGAGGACAGCCUGGUGCGACCUCACAGAACAAGCAUACAGGUCUCUGCUUGUCUGGUGAUACACACGUGCUUCCUGGAGUCCACUCACUGUGACCCAAAGCUAAGUGAUCCCAAAGCAAAAAGUUGCCUUGGGGGUGCUGUUUGAUGUUUGGGGGGAGGGAUUGAAUUUGCUGUGCGUUUGUCCGACAGAGACUUCAGAGAGCUAGUAAGCAAAAUCAGGUCUAUUCACCUUAGCAGACCUUCAGCUUCUUUCUCCCAUCCCUCCCCAAAACAGGGGCUGUGAUCACAUGCUUUAUUUGCAGAUGUCCCUGAACUAGACCUGGAGCAUUAAACUUGGAUCUGACCUGCCUUGUCAUCUCCUGCCUGGACUUUUGUGAUAGACUCUUGGGGGGUUGGGGAGUGGAUUGUACUUUUCAUGUUAUUGCUAGGAAAGCGUCACGUGUGUAUUGUAGAAAUUUUCGGGGGGAAAAAGACAAACCCGUCAUCCUAGCACCCAAGACAAACAUUGCCUCCCUUUGGAAUCAUCUUUCAGUUCUUUUUUGUGUAAACGUACAUGUGCACAUGCAGGGUUGGUUUUUUUUUUUUAAACAAAAAUUGGAGUACACUGUAUAUACUCUUUAGUAACUUACUUUUCAAAAUGUGUAUUUCUAUUUCAGAAUAUGUAAUACAUGCACAGAUACAAAAUUCAAAAAGGAUAGAAAGCUCUACAGUAAGAAGUAAAUCUCCUUUCCAUCCUGA